AUGGCGCGGGCCGCCUGGGCUUCGCUACUACCGGAAGUGACGUAUUUCACCUGCCGAGCGAGGACGGGGUGGGACCAGGCUGCGAGGUGCGGCCGCCGCCAGGCAGUCGGGAGCGCGCGAGGAGACGCGAGGCUGAGACCCCUGGGUGAGAGCCGCCUACCUGCCGUCGUCUCCCACGGCCGGGCCGCCACCAUGGCGCUUCUGCUGCGCUUCGUGCUCCUGUGCGGAGUGGCGGAUUUCACCAGAGGUUUGAGUAUCACUACUCCUGAACAGAUGAUUGAAAAGGCCAAAGGGGAAACUGCUUAUUUGCCAUGCAAAUUUACCCUGGGUCCGGAAGACCAGGGCCCGCUGGACAUCGAGUGGCUGCUGUCACCAGCCGAUAAUCAGAAGGUGGAUCAAGUGAUUAUUUUAUAUUCCGGAGACAAAAUUUAUGAUGACUACUAUCAAGAUCUGAAAGGACGAGUACAUUUUACAAGUAAUGAUCUCAAAUCUGGUGACGCUUCAAUAAAUGUGACAAAUUUACAGUUGUCCGAUAUUGGCACAUAUCAGUGCAAAGUGAAAAAAGCUCCUGGUGUUGGAAAUAAGAAGAUUCAGCUGACAGUUCUUGUUAAGCCUUCAGGUACACGAUGUUACAUUGAUGGAUCAGAAGAAAUUGGAAAUGACUUUAAACUCAAAUGUGAACCAAAAGAAGGUUCACUCCCACUACGAUAUGAAUGGCAGAAGGUGUCCGACUCACAGAAACUGCCCACCUCGUGGUUACCAGAAGUGACGUCACCUGUUAUAUCUGUAAAAAAUGCCAGUGCCGAAUACUCCGGGACAUACAGCUGUACGGUCAGAAACAGAGUGGGCUCUGAUCAGUGCCUGCUGCGCCUGGAUGUGGUUCCUCCUUCAAACAGAGCUGGGACAAUUGCAGGAGCUGUUAUAGGAACUUUGCUUGCGCUCGUGCUCAUUGCUGUUAUUGUCUUUUGCUGUCAUAAAAAGCGCAGAGAAGAAAAAUAUGAAAAGGAAGUUCACCAUGAUAUCAGAGAAGACGUGCCUCCUCCCAAGAGCCGUACGUCCACUGCCAGAAGCUACAUCGGCAGCAAUCACUCAUCCCUGGGAUCCAUGUCCCCGUCCAACAUGGAAGGAUAUUCCAAGACUCAGUACAACCAAGUGCCAAGCGAAGACUUGGAACGCGCUGCUCAGAGUCCGACACUCCCACCCGCUAAGGUAGCUGCCCCUAAUCUCAGUAGGAUGGGGGCGGUGCCUGUGAUGAUCCCAGCGCAGAGCAAGGACGGGUCCAUAGUGUAG